AUUUCACAUUCAGGGAAUCUCAUUCUUAUCCUCAUUCUCAUCCUCAUCCUCAUCCUCAUCCUCGUCCUCAUCACCACCAAACAACAGCAACAACAACAACAACAACAACAACACUUAAAGAAAGAUCAGUUUGAGAACAACACAACAAUGCCGACCCAAAACGCUUACAUUGCCACGAUGUUGAUCUUUACUGGGACAUUUGCUCUCCAGUUAGCAUCGCUGUUUGACCCCAAGUGGGUCCAGUACAAGAGCCCGGAGCCGUAUUACACGGAGACGAACUACGGUCUGUUCCAGAAGUGUUCUACUCUGACAGACGACUGCCGUCGGUUCCCGCUGAAGAAAUGGGGCGACUGUGAUCAUGACAAGGGUUCGGACCGAUGGGUGAACCUGUGUCUGGAAUGGCGCCUCGCUGCGGGGAUGUCGGUCGUGGCCGCGAUUGUGGGACUGUGGGUUCUAGCUGGACUGGGAACCGUGCUGUACACGGGUGAGAGAUGGCGGGCCCAUGGAUGGAAGCAUAUCCUUGGACUCAUUGGUAUCUUUGCCGCACUGCAAGUGGUGAGCAUGGCUAUGGUCGCACAUGUGAUGCAGACGUCGGCGAUGUUCAUACACCACCGUUAUGGCCUCUCGUUCAUCUUCUCGAACGUAUCCUGGGGUCUUGCGGCGGCACUUGCGAUCGGCGUCAUUUUGUUUGCCCGCUACGGCACACGCGGCUAUAUCGCGCUGGAGUAAGAGCGAAACAUCCCCAAUUUUGAAACAAAACCAGCUAAAAAAAAAAAAAGUAGCGUGGGAAUAGUUUCAUAGUUGCUCGAUCUAUAUGGAAAUGUCCGGUUGUUGUACAUAGUCAGACGUCAAGAAGUAAAAGACUUUUUUUGUGCUCUGGAAGCAAAAGGGGA